AUGGAAACCUCUCAACAACAAAAGGUUAUUGCACAAACUACAACAACUACAACUAAAACAACUAAUAUUGUCAAAAUGAGCUCUGUCGCUGAAAAGAAACCAACUGCCUCUAAGGCUCCAGCUGAAAAAAAGCCAACUGCUGCUAGAAGACCGCUCCAGGUUCCACUGAUAUCAAGAAGAGAUCUAAAGACUAGAAAGGAAACUAACUCUUCAUAUAUUUACAAAGUCUUGAAACAAACACAUCCAGACACUGGUAUCAGUCAAAAAUCUAUGUCUAUCUUAAAUUCAUUUGUUAAUGAUAUUUUUGAAAGAAUCGCUACUGAAGCUUCUAAAUUAGCUGCUUACAAUAAGAAAUCUACCAUAUCUGCUAGAGAAAUUCAAACAGCUGUUAGACUGAUCUUACCUGGUGAAUUGGCUAAACAUGCCGUCUCUGAAGGUACCAGAGCUGUUACCAAAUACUCUUCUACCACUCAAGCUUAA